GCCCUGCACAAGGCGCCGUAUUGCAUAGUGCACUACUGGUUGCAGGUAGAUUCAGAGCAGUUCCUCAGGAAGUCUUCAACGUUCGCCAGCGCGAAACGUUCCUCUUGUUCGUAGCGGGACUGAGGCUCUAAAUGACCUCGCGUAGUUCCCAAGAAUUUACCACCAAUACAGCAUAAAGUACAAGCGAAGCCGGGCGAGAGAGCAGAGCGCGCUGUAAAGGUCGCCAAAUCGACCGCGCCGCGACUUGCGAAGGCCUCGCCUCAAUGAAGCAGUUUUUAAGGGGCCUUCGCGGUGCUGCAGAUGCGCGCGAGGCAGGAGGCGGCCAGGAUGGAGCGCAGGAGGUGGUUGGAGGGCCGAGUGAACCAAGCCGCGCGGCACCGACGCCGAGCACGUCAAGCGCACCAGCUGCUGCAGAAGACCCCGGCAAGCCCCAGGCUCCCAGCUCCUUCUACUGCCCAAUCUCUAUGGAGCUUAUGCACGACCCUGUUAUGGUUGCAACGGGGCACACUUACGACCGGCAGUGCAUAGAGAAGUGGCUGAACCAAGGAAACCGAACGUGCCCGGUGACGGGGAUGCGGCUCCGGCACCUGGAACUGACGCCAAACUAUGCGCUACGUACAGCAAUCCAGGAGUGGGCGACAACGCACGGCGUGAGUAUGAACGCUGGCGGCGGCAAACUAAACGCCCCCUACCGUUACGAGGACGAGCCGCGGAACAUUCUGCAGGGACAUGAGGAGAUUGUAUGGGCGGUGGAGGUGUGUGGCCGGCGGCUAUUCUCCGCCUCAGCCGAUAAGACCAUCCGCGUGUGGGACAUCGAGUCGCGGCGGUGUGAGCAGGUGAUGGAGGACCACACGCGGCCGGUGCUGUCCCUGUCGAUUGCCAACGGCAAGCUGUUUUCUGGCUCCUACGACUACACCAUCAAGGUGUGGGACCUGGCCACGCUGCAGAAGAUCCAGACGCUAAGCGGGCACACAGACGCGGUGCGCGCGCUGGCGGUGGCGGGUGGGCGGCUGUUCUCGGGCAGCUACGACAGCACUGUGCGCGUGUGGGACGAGAACACGCUGCAGUGCCUGGACGUGCUCAAGGGCCACAACGGGCCCGUGCGCACGCUGGUGCAUUGCCGCAACCAGAUGUUCUCGGGCUCCUACGACCGGACCGUCAAGGUGUGGGACUGCAACACGCUAGAGUGCAAGGCCACGCUCACGGGGCACGGUGGCGCGGUGCGGGCGCUGGUGGCGUCCUCCGACAAAGUGUUCUCGGGGUCAGAUGACACCACCAUCAAGGUGUGGGACGCCAAGACGCUGAAGUGCAUGAAGACCCUGCUGGGGCACGACGACAACGUGCGGGUGCUGGCGGUGGGCGACCGGCACAUGUACAGCGGCUCCUGGGACCGCACCAUCCGCGUGUGGGACCUGGCCACGCUGGAGUGCGUCAAGGUGCUGGAGGGGCACACGGAGGCCGUGCUGGCGCUGGCGGUGGGCAACGGCGUGCUGGUGAGCGGCAGCUAUGACACCACCGUGCGCUUCUGGGACAUCAACAACAACUACCGCUGCGUGCGCAAGUGCGACGGCCACGACGACGCUGUGCGCGUGCUGGCGGCGGCGGAAGGGCGCGUGUUCUCGGGCUCCUAUGAUGGCACCAUUGGCCUCUGGUAGGCCGUCGUCCCACGAGGUCUCCGGAGGUAGUGACUUGUGACGAAGGCAAUGGGUGGCACGGGCCAAUGCGGGCAUGCAGGGGCUGCACGGUGCGUGACGCCGGAGGAGGCCGCUCACGCGCCCGGCUACACGGCCGCACCGGGGUGGUUGGCGUGUGUCUCGUGGGUUUUGGUUCACGUAGGCAGGAGAGUAAAGCUUGGGAGGGACGAGUGUGUGUGUGCUUACCAAGCAGCCAUCUGCAUCGAAGGCGGCUAAUUCAUUGCUGCUGCAAGCAACUUAGGGAUGGGAUCGCUGGGUGGCAACAACUGCAUGGCUAGCUGGCCACCGGUGCCAGGACACCACGGGUGCGGGGAGGUAUGCAGCAUGCCGGGCGACGGGGGAAGUGGGGGCACAAGACGUCCGGCAGCAGCACCUGUAUGGACAAAGCAUUUGGCGCAGCAUGUUUGUGGGUUUGUAAUGGAACUCGACGCGACGUCCUUGUCGCGCGUUAUCGGUUGAGCGUUGGUGACGUAGCAAGACACGCCAUGGUGCUUCAGGAUGUGGACUACUGCGUUGUGGCGAGUCGAGGCGGUGGGGAAUACGCCGGGCGUUGGCAGGCUAGUCCAGCUGGUUGGGAGCUGCAGGGCGUAAACGGCAGGUCAUAGUCCUCAUUGCAGCGAAUGCCUGUGCAUUGUUAUCAAAUGGUGUCUAGUUAGGUUAUGGGUACUCAUUCGAGACUGCUGGCGAGAUCAAAGGUCAAAGGGGGCAGGCUGCGCGUUCCACACUGAGCUGAUGACAGCCCCGAGCCCCGAGGUCGUAUCAUUCGGUGUGCAUGGGUACUCGCGCGUGGACAAGUAGUGUUGCAGUCACGCCUUGCGCGCACAAUAAAAGUUCCGAAUGUAUGGGGUAUGAAGGGUCGGCGGGCUGCGUAUGCGACUUGUCUGUAACUGUAACACCUUGUGCCU